AUGGCGCCGCUUGAAAUCAAAGUCAUCGUCUCUCAGCAAGUGACCUCCACCAGCAAUCAGCUCCAGCAGCUGCUCAAAGGGCUUUCCAAGAAAACCGAGACAGGUGCCGUCGCCCCAGAUGCCGCAGUCACCGUGUUUACGGUCGGUUCAAUGAGGAGCAACUCUCACGUGCCAUAUGAUUACGGGACCAGAAAACCAGGACAGCGACAAUACGAAGUAAGCAUCAAAAUUGAGGCUCUCUUCCGAGACUUUGACAAGUUCGGUCAAAUCUGCAGCCAGCUCGUCAGCACCCCGUACGUCGAAAUUGCCUCCAUCAACUGGCGUCUGACGGACGAGACGCGAAAAGCCCUCGAGUCCGAGGCACGCAAACUCUCCCUCCUCGACGCGAUCGAGCAGGCCCGGGACUACUCCGAGAUUGUCGGCAGGCAGGUUGUUCCGGUAGAAAUCUCUAGUAUGGGGUUACAUCGCCAUUCUCAUCAACCGGUCGUCCAGCAAAUGGCACAAGACCGAGCAUCUGUGGGGAAUGAGUUUAGUGGUACUGGGCUUGCUCUUGAAUCCGAGUCCGUGUCUGUGACUGGAACGGUGAACGUGACAUUCCGCGCUGAGUAG